AUGUUACAACAAUCAACUAUUGACACUUUAAAGCCUAUUUAUAAUUUGAUUGAAUUAGGAUUAGAAGAUUAUAAAGAAAAUGAACUUGUUCUUGAUACUAUUCAUAAUUUAAAAUUAUUUUUUGAGAAUUCCAAUAAUUGUACUUGCUGUCAAACUCCAAAACAAAGAGAUCUUAGAACUUGCUUUGAAAAAGUAGAAUUUAAACGCUUUUUUGAAAGACAUUUUGAGUUAAAAGCUUUAGAAGAACAAGAACAUGAACUUUUUAUAAAAUCACAAUUAUUGUCAUUUGAAAUUACUAAUAAAAAAUCAGAUAAUAAAAU